CUGAGAGCACUUAGUCUCACUUGGCCCCCCACGCCUCUCCUUCUCCCCUCCCUCUUCCACCUCAGCCUUUCUUUUCGCCCGGGCCACUUCCUUCUUCUGCCUGUUCCUCCCCAGGGUGCGGAAGCAGAGAACCCUAUCCAGAUCCACGCGGCGUCCAGCUCUUCGGUGAAGAAGGAAGCAACCAGAGAGUCCGCAAUGAAUGUGGAUCAUGAGGUGAACCUCCUAGUAGAGGAAAUUCGACGUCUGGGGUCUAAAAAUGCCGAUGGGAAGUUAAGCGUGAAGUUUGGAGUCCUCUUCCAAGAUGACAGAUGUGCCAACCUCUUUGAAGCAUUGGUAGGAACUCUGAAAGCCGCAAAGCGAAGAAAGAUUGUUACAUACACAGGAGAACUGCUUUUGCAGGGUGUUCACGACAAUGUUGACAUUGUACUGCUACAAGAUUAAUGUGGUUUGCGUAUCUUCAUAUCUCUGGUAAACUGGAAUAAUUAAGUCAAAAGACAAACAUAUGCUUCCUUGUGUAUUUUUAUAGGACUUUGUAAACAAGGGGGACUCAUUGAAAAGUCCUGUUUUUAUACCUUGAAACAUUACACUGUAAAGUAAACAAAACCUAUUAUUUUUCUUAAGAAUGUGAUUGGGAAAUACAGGCAAUGAAACAUUUUUGGAGGUGUGAAAGGAGUUUUUGUUUUUCUUGAUUCAUUCUUGGAGAAUUUCUACAGGCACUUGACAUUCUGUCAAAGCAAGAGGCAAACUGAAGAUCGGCUCCCAUGAGGAACGUUGUGUUUAUGUAAUAAAAACAUGUAACUGCC